AUAGUCACGAAGAGUUUUGUUAUUUUCUACUAUUUUUUAAAAAUAAAAUGAACUGUUUUUUGAAUAAAAAGAACAAAUAAACGAAAAUAAAAAUAAUGGAAUUAUUUUUUAUAGUACUUAUACUUUAUAGACCCGGAUCCGGUGAAUUCAAAUUCGGACCCGGACCCGAUAAAUUCAAAAUUUUCAGACCUGAACCCGAUGGGCUCUAGUGACCGCCUAAAAAACAUUCCCCUGAUAUCAGUCGAUAUCAGACGGGUACGUAAGAGGCUGUGACCGACCUAAGUGGUUGUGAUCGCCAGUGUAAGAGGUUGUGACCGCCAUACGAGGUUGUGAUCACAAGUUUAAGAGGUUGUGGCCGAAAGUGAUAUCCGAUUUUAAGUAGGUUCAGAAAAACUCAUGAUAACACCGGUUUUUGGGUAUAUAACUGAAACUCCAUCUUCUUCGAAGUCUUGGAGGGAGUUUCAAUAAAUUGGGUCGUUUUUACUCGGGGAUAUGUCAUAUAUUGCAUGAUAAUGUGAAUGAGAGAAAGAAAAGUCAUUUUUUAUUACCUAAAAAUAUUUAUUAAAUGGAAUAGAAAUCCACACAAUCUCCUGCCAUAUUUUAGUAUCUAGAAGAUAAAUCAUCGACAUUUGUAAAAUGUAAAAAAAAUUAGAAAAAAAAGCCAUUGUUCUUUAGUAAAUAUACUUUAUGAUAAAUGAAUAAAUUUUGGCCAAUGUUUAACAACAUUUUCGUUAAUGUUUUUCUCUCUGAACCAAAAAAUCAUUAUCCGUCAUUUAUGAAUAAGUUGAAAUUGCUCAUGGCGACAAAGAGAGAGAGAUUGAUGAUAUUGAAAUUGAGGAAAUAAUAACUGUUAAAGUGAUCGUUCAGACCGUGCAAACACUACACACUAUCAACAAAUUGGGCAUUCUUCAAAUUUGAAUAAAGAAGGUGAUUGCCAUGGUUGAAGACGUUGGCAGUACUGCAUUUUUACUCUUUUAUUAAUAUCUCAUGUGCAUUUAUCAGUCUGUUUUGAGAAAGCCGAUAUUGUCACCGUUAAGAUGACAUUGUUUACUAAUUUACCCGAUUUAUGCCUAAUUGAUAUUUGUCACUAUUUAAAUCGGGCGAAGUACUUCGAUUCGUAAUCGAUAUCACACCACGUUUAAACGACAUAUUAUUUGAACGAAAAUAUUUUUCGAGUAUAAAUUUUUCUGACGUUAAUCUGCGACUGUUCGAACACAUAUUUAAUUCAGAAGUACUAGAAAAGAUAAACAAAUCAAUUCAAUCGUUAACCAUAUGUGAAUCAUUUACGCCAACUGUGCCAAAGCGUUUCAAUUCUCUUCAUCUGUUUUCUCAAUUUGAAAAUGUUACAUGCGACUCGAAUUAUUAUCCGUCAAUUAACUAUCUGACUUAUGUAGAUUCUUUGAACAAUUCUGUUGCAAAUAUCUUCAAAACCUACAAGAGUUAACCAUUCGGUUAAGCUUAAUGCAAAAACUACCUGUUAAAAUAGAUGAAAAUCAUCCAUUUACAAUAUUUUCGUCGCUCCCUGAAAAUACAUAUUAUUUAACAACAACAACUUUAAUAAAGCAUCAUUGAAAAACGUCAACUUUCAACUGGAGCCAUCUUUUGGUAUUCUGUUGAAAUCAUCAAAUGUUGUUAUUAAAAACUAUUUCUUCCAUCAUUUGAUGUCCAAAAUUUGAAAACAAGACAUGCAUAGUACCACUCGAAUAUCUAUCAAUUAUAUCGACUGAAACGAGAAAUAAAUUCUAUUCAACAAGAGUGUGAUAUACGUGAUAUUAAUGAAAUCUUAUAUGAAAUUAAAAUACAAAAAGAACGUGCAAGAGAAAUACUUCUGAACGCACUUAAUCAGCUUGAAACAACUAUCAAUACAGAAAAAAAUAAAAAGAUAUUUAAAGGAGUUAAUCAACGAUAUUGAUAAAAUUCUUGAUAAUGCGUCAUCUGCAAUAUUUUUAAAAGCAACUAUUUUCGCAUCCCCUUUCAGUUUACUAGCAGUUAUAAUAGGUGAGAAAAGUACUUCAGCCGCAUUUAAUGCUGCUGCAUUAGGUAUAGGAGCUGUAGCAGGUGGUGUAGGAGCUGCAGUAUAUAGUGCAGGAGAAGAUAUUGAUGUUACAGAACAUCAGAAAGUACAUCAAUUACUAAUACUUGAUCGUUAUUCCAAAGGUUUUGAAAAGAAACUAACUAAUGAUAACAAUAACAAUUCAAUGAUAAAUAUUGUUUGGUAUGAUAAACAAAUUGAAACCAGGAUAAAUCAGUAUCAUGUUGAAAAAUUAACAACAGAAUUUUCGACAAAAAAUUAUCCGGUAAUACAAGUGGAUAGCAAAGAUAAACUGAUUCAAUUAAUUAUAACUGACACUGAUCAUAAUAUGAUACUGAUGACAUCAGGAUCAGCGGGACAAGAAGUGAUAUCUGAAACUGGAUCAUAUUGGAAUAUCAAGGAGAUAAUUAUAUUUUGUGGAAAAGUUGAGCAACAUCAAGCAUGGGCUUGGGAGUGA